AUGAGAUUCUCAUUCGUAGUGGCCGUUCUAGUAGUUGCUGUCUACGCAGCGCCUCUUCCCAUUGUGUGAGUCUUUUUCCUCUUAUCACUGUUUCCUUAUAUUCCGACUUCUAGUGAGAAGAUAAAACGCACUCUAGAGUUUCUCAAGAAGGCCAAGACCAUCGGGGAAUACGCCAUCAACACGGUGCGUUGAGAACCUAUUCUUCAUGAUUGUCUGCCUCGUUUUUCAGCCGACAGGAAUCUACCCAAUUAAGGAUAUCAAUGACGAUAACUUCCUUGAUAUCUUCAAAUUCCGUCCAGAGAUUGAGAAGCUGAGACUGGAGGAGAAGACCAAUGGCCCCGCCGUCGCCGCCGUCGCCAAGUCCACCGACGCUGCUGUCAACUCUGCCUCCAUCGACACUGGAUACGGCGGUGGCGAUCUUUCUGGUUUGUUUAUAACUCUGCCAUUCACACUUCCGUUGUCAAUCAGAAGCGUCCGCACCUGCACCUGCUCCAGUGACUGCACCAGAAGCAGCGCCGGAAGUCCCAGUUGUGGCCACCUCUGUCGAAGGAUCCGGAGCUUCCAUUGAGGGAUCGGGUGCUCCGGCCGAUGUUGCCACCACGGCUGCCACUGAAGUCGGAAGCGGAGACUCUCCAUCGCCUGACAACUCCGUCACUGAAGCUACUCUGACAGCUGAGCCAGCAAUCAUCCUUCCAGCUACUCAGACUCCAAAGAAACUUGCUCCACCAGCCAGUGGAUAUGUCACCUCUGAGCAAGAAGGACCGGCCGCUCCAGAAACUCCAGCACCUGAGGCGUCUGCUGUCACCGAAGCUGCCAAAGCUCCAGCAGGAGAGGCUGCUCCAGAGACCGCUGAGGCUCCAGAAAGCGACGGUGUUCCAGCAGGUUAUGUUGACGGAACGGCCAACGCUGCAUCCCCCGCUGCUGCCCCGGCUCUUGCUGCCGCUGAGACCCCGGCUCCCGCUGCGCCAGAAACUAGUAACUCUUAUGAUUCUGCAUCAAAAGGAGAUGUUGCUCUAGUACCUGCCCCAACAGCAUCAGAGGCUGCUCAAGCUCCUGCCGCCGAGGAAACUUCUGUUCAAUCUGAAUCUGCGACUCAAGCACCAGAAGUCUCUCCAGCACCAGAAGCCGCCGCUGGAUCCUAUGAGACCCCAUCUGAAGCACUAUCUGAGACCGCCGCCCCAGUCACCGAAGCCGCCACUGCUGCUCCAACUGAGACCGCCGCCCCAGUUGCCGAAGCCGCAACUGCUGCUCCAGCUGAGACCGCUGCACCAGAAGCCGCUCCCGCUCCAAUUGAGGCUACAGCUACUAAUGUCGCCACACUUGAAAGUGCUCCUGCUCCAGAAGGUGUUCCUGCUCCUGCCGCCGAUGCCUCUGCCACUUACAACGCACCAAGCCCCGCUCAUGUCGAGAAAGCUACUCCAGCAGAGCCUGCACCAGUCGCCGAAGAGACCCCGGCUCCCGCUGCGCCAGAAACUGGAAACUCUUAUGAUUCCGCAUCCAGUGGAGACGUUGCUCUAGUACCUGCCCCAACAUCAUCCGAGGCAGCUCUAGCUCCUGCCGCCGAGAAAACUUCUGCUUCAUCUGAAUCUGCCACUCAAGCGCCAGAAGUGUCUCUAGCACCAGAAACCGCCGCUGGAUCCUAUGAGACCCCAUCUGAAGCACUAUCUGAGACCGCCGCUCCAGUUACCGAAGCCGCAACUGAUGCUCCAACUGAGACCGCCGCCCCAGUCACCGAAGCCGCAACUGCUGCUCCAACUGAGACCGCCGCCCCAGUCACCGAAGCCGCAACUGCUGCUCCAACUGAGACCGCCGCCCCAGUUACCGAAGCCGCAACUGCUGCUCCAACUGAGACCGCCGCCCCAGUUACCGAAGCCGCAACUGCUGCUCCAACUGAGACCGCCGCCCCAGUUACCGAAGCCGCAACUGCUGCUCCAACUGAGACCGCCGCCCCAGUUACCGAAGCCGCAACUGCUGCUCCAACUGAGACCGCUGCACCAGAAGCCGCUCUCGCUCCAAUUGAGGCUACAGCUACUAAUGCUGCCACACUUGAAAGUGCCCCUGCUCCAGAAGGUGUUUCUGCCCCUGCCGCCGAUGCCUCUGCCGCUUAUAACGCACCAAACCCUGCUCCUGUUGUGGAAGCUACUCCAGAAAAGCCUGCACCGGUCGCUGAAGAGACCCCGGCUCCUACCCUUGCUGCCGCUGAGACCCCGGCUCCCGCUGCCGCUGAGACCCCGGCUCCCGCUGCGCCAGAAACUAGUAACUCUUAUGAUUCUGCAUCCAAAGGAGACGUUGCUCUAGCACCCGCCCCAACAUCAUCCGAGGCAGCUCUAGCUCCUGCCGUCGAGGAAACUUCUGUUCAAUCUGAAUCUGCUACUCAAGCGCCAGAAGUCUCUCCAGCACCAGAAACCGCCGCUGGAUCCUAUGAGACCCCAUCUGAAGCACUAUCUGAGACCGCCGCUCCAGUUACCGAAGCCGCAACUGCUGCUCCAACUGAGACCGCCGCCCCAGUCACCGAAGCCGCAACUGCUGCACCAACUGAGACCGCCGCCCCAGUUACCGAAGCCGCAACUGCUGCUCCAACUGAGACCGCCGCCCCAGUUACCGAAGCCGCAACUGCUGCUCCAACUGAGACCGCUGCACCAGAAGCCGCUCCCGCUCCAAUUGAGGCUACAGCUACUAAUGCCGCCACACUUGAAAGUGCCCCUGCUCCAGAAGGUGUUCCUGCUCCUGCUGCCGAAGCUGCUGCUGGUCAUGAUACUUCAUCAAGCGAUGCCCCUGCCGCCGAUGCCUCUGCCGCUUAUAACGCACCAAACCCUGCUCCUGUCGAGGAAGCUACUCCAGCAAAGCCUGCACCGGUCGCCGAAGAAACGACUGCAGCAGCCCCAACUCCAGUCGCAGAAGCCGCCGAUGCUCCGUCACCGAUCUCUUCCAGCGGAUAUGAUGCUGCUCAGAGCACUGAUACCGUUGUUGCCUCUUCUGCUCCUGCCGCUUCUUCUCCAGAUGCUUCUGGAGCCACCAACUACGAAGGUCAGCAGUUUGCCAUCCAAGCCGCCCGCAAGAAGGUUCGUCGUGCCGCAUUCGUUGGAUGGGGACGUGCGUGA